UCACCGCGGCGGCUGCCCCCCACAGCGGGGCUGAGAGGACGGCCGGCAGCCCCGACGAGCCAGGCAGUCCGGACCGGAGGGGUCGCGGCCCAGGCGCCCAGCCCGCCGCGCGUCGCUCCCGCCCCUUCGCGGCGCCGGCCCGCGGGAUUCGCAGCGGGAGCGACCGCAGGGAGAUCGCCGACGCCGCGGCAGGCAGGGAUGGAUGCCAGCGGUCUAGCCAUCAGCCCUGCGGGACGUGGGAGAAAAGUGUAAACACAGGGCUGAAGGGCGUGCCUUGGGAGGAGACAGAACCUGCGCGGUCUUGGGGGGUAGCCUGCUGAGUUCAAACGAGUCUUGCUUUUCUCCUUUCUGCACCCACUCUUCAUCGUCUGGGCAGCUCCUCCGCAUGUGAAGAGGGGCAGCGAAUAAACCUCACUGAGGAUGUCUGAAAACCUCGACAAGUCCCACAGAAACAAAGCAGGAGAGUCGAAGCCGAGUGACUCUGAGCAAGGCCUGGGAGGUACUCUGGAACGUUCUGAUGAAGCCUUGCAGAAAGAAGUAAAGUCGGACGCACCUAGUCCCCAGAGAGUGGGAAGACCUCACUCUAGUCCUCCUCGGCUUGUCACGGUAGAGGAACUUCUAGAAACAGCGAAAGGAGUCACCAACAUGGCUCUAGCCCAUGAAAUAGUGGUAAACGGAGACUUCCGGAUUAACACUGUUGAACUAGCAGAAGGCAGCUUGGAGAAGAGAGUAAAAGAGAUUGUACAUAAAGCUUUCUGGGAUUGCCUGAGUGUGCAGCUAAGUGAAGACCCCCCAACAUAUGACCAUGCCAUCAAACUUGUAGGAGAGAUCAAAGAGACUCUGCUGUCUUUCCUGCUGCCUGGUCACACUAGACUAAGAAACCAGAUAACCGAGGUCUUGGAUCUGGAACUGAUAAAACAGGAAGCAGAGAAUGGGGCCCUAGACAUUUCCAAGCUGGCAGAAUUUAUUAUUGGCAUGAUGGGGACAUUGUGUGCACCUGCUCGAGAUGAGGAAGUUAAGAAACUAAAGGACAUUAAGGAAAUAGUGCCUCUUUUCAGGGCAAUCUUUUCAGUGUUGGACCUAAUGAAAGUAGACAUGGCCAACUUUGCUAUCACUAGCAUUAGGCCGCACCUCAUGCAGCAGUCUGUGGAGUAUGAGCGGAAGAAGUUUCAGGAGGUCUUGGAGAAGCAGCCAAACUCCCUGGACUUUGUCACCCAGUGGCUGGAGGAGGCCUCAAAUGACCUUUUGACUCAGAAGUACAAACAUGCCCUGCCGGCUGGGGGAGGGGCUGCUGGCUCAGGGGAUGCUCCAGUGCUGACCCCUCUUUCUGUCCAGAAUUAUGCCUACCUGAAGCUUCUGAAAUGGGACCACUUCCGGAGACCUUUCCCCGAGACCCUUUUGAUGGACCAGGCUCGUUUCCAAGAGCUCCAACUGCAGCUGGAGCAGCUGGCGGUCCUGGGAGCCGUGCUGCUCGUCACAUUCAGCACCGCUGCACCUGGAAUCUCUGGCCAGGCUGGCUUUGCUGAGAAACUCAAGAUGACGGUGAAGAUUCUGCUAAUGGACAUGCAUCUGCCUUCUUUCCAUCUGGAGGAUGCUCUGACAUCCAUUGGGGAGAAAGUGUGCCUGGAGGUGAGAAGCUGCCUAUGUGGAUCCUCGCCAUUCUCCUCCAACAAGGAGACUGUGCUCAAGGGCCAGGUUCAGGCCCUGGCCAGUCCUGACGACCCCAUUCGCAGGAUUGUGGAGUCCCGAAUUUUGACCUUCUUGGAGACAUACCUUGCCUCUAGUCAUCAGAAGCUACUGCCUACGGUGCCAGGGGGCUUGGGUCCCAUUCAGAAAGAGCUGGAAGAAAUUGCAGUGAAAUUUGUGCGCCUGGUCAACUAUAACAAGAUGGUGUUCUGUCCUUACUAUGACACAAUCCUCAGUAAGCUCCUUCUCCGCCCCUGAGGUGCACGGCUGCUGCAGCACCCCCUCAUGUCCUCAGAAGCCCGCUGUCGCAGUGCCCUGCUGUGGAGAAUGGCAUGUGGUACACUCCUGUUUAACGGCACUGGUUCCAGGGGAAGACUAUCGCGUGUCGCUGAAGGACUCACGGAAGGGCGCCCUGAGCUCUGUUCCGAGGACUGUAUUUACAAGUGCAAGUUUACAAACUCAAGAAGCUUUUGUUCUCUUGAGUUUAUAGGCAGCGUCUAGCUUCAUCAGUUGACUGCCGCUGUCUCUGCUCCUGCUGCAUCGGCUUGGAGGAGCCAGUUCUCCUAGGAGCCUGGGACCUUCCUUGUGGGUCAUUCUUUCUCAGACACCCAGGCGGGCACAUAAGCCAUGACUUGUUCCCUUGCCCCCCA